AUGGUCAAUUCUAAACCUACAGUAGUUUUUAUCCCAGGCUUCUGGCAUACCCCAGAAGGAUUUACACCUCUCGCUAAACUUCUGGACAAGGAAGGCUAUCCCCCCGUUCUAGUCAACUUACCCAGUGCAGGCGCUCACCCCGGGCAUCCUGACUUCUCACAAGAUGUCGCCGCAAUUUGCAAGAUCGUUACCGAACUAUCCAAUGAGGGUAAGGAAGUCUUAGUAGUGAUGCACUCCGGUGAGAGUGUUAGCGGCAGCGAAGCUACCCGCAACUUAGGUAAAAAGGAACGACAAGCCGAUAGAAAGAACGGCGGGAUAGUCAGGGUCAUUUAUAUUGGCAUUCUGUUACCCAAGGCAGGAAAGACUAUGUUUGAGACAUUUCAAGGCGUGGUUUCGAGUUCGGAUAUAGAUCCCAAUUUUGUGGUUGAUCAGGAUCAGAGCUUUCAUGUCUUUGCUGAGUUGGGCCAGCAAAUUGACCUCGCUUUCGUUAGGAGUUGGGAUGUCUCCAUUGACCUACGAAGCUUGGAAAUACAUACCUUCAGCGUAUAUUAUGCCACUGCUAGACAAAAGCAUUCCGUUAAAGCAAGUUCGACAGAUUGUAAAGGAAGCGAAUAUUGACAUGGCGUUUUAAAUAGAGACAGGUCAUUGUCCAUAUCUUGUACAGCCAGAGGCAGUAGCUGGUUUUAUUGGAAAGGCAGGAGGCGAGAUCAUUUGAUUACUACUAGAAGGCGUAGAACAUUUACCCUCUGUUAACCAAAUACAACUCGCCC